AUGAACAACUGGUUCUCUCAACAGCCAAAAGAACAACGUAUCGUCAGCUCUUCGAUUGCCGAGAGCUCCAGAUCUGUCCAAAAGAGGAUAAAUGGGGCACAUGAGGCGAAUGAAGACAGGAUCACAUCACCCUCUGGUCGUGAGGUAGCGACCCCAUUUCGUCAGGUGGGUAACCUCCUGAAACGCACAGAGAGCUUUAGCUCUGAGACGUCGUUCCGUGUGAUGGACCAGGCCUACAUGGGACGUGGGGGCGCGGGUAACGGGAUUGCCGAGCAUUCUAGAGGAUUUCGUCACCGAGCUGCAAAACAAUACUGG